AUGAGUGCAUCCGGCGAAGGUCAUUUCGAGAUCGUCCACCUGCUGUUGGAGGCCGAUGCCAGCACAGACGUGGCAGCCAAUGACAGGCAGACGGCCUUAAUGUUAGCAUCAGGCCAGGGUCAUGUCGAGGUCGCCCGCUCGCUAUUGGAAGCAGGUGCCAGCAAGGAUGGGGCAAACAGCUACGGGCAGACAGCAUUGAUUUGGGCAUCCGACGAAGGUCAUGUUGAGAUCGUCCACUUGUUGCUGGAGACCGGUGCCGCCGUGGACCUGGCAGACGACGGCGGCCAAACGGCGUUAAUGAGGGCAUCCGAAAUGGGUCAUGUUGAGAUCGUCCGCUUGCUGUUGGAGGCUGGCGCCAACAAAGAUGUAGCAGGCAACUACGGGCACACGGCCUUGAUGGCUGCAUCCGGCGCAGGUCGUGUUGAGAUCGUCCGCUUGCUGGUGGAAACCGGCACCAACAAGGAUGCAGCAGAUAUUCAUGGCUACAGCGCUUUAAUGUUUGCAUCUGGCGCAGGCCACGUCUUUGUCGUCCGCCUGCUGUUGGAGGCCGGGGCCAAUGCGGACUUGGCAGACAACAUUGGCUGCACAGCUUUGGUGCGAGCAUCCGGCCAAGGUCAUGUCGACAUUGUCCACUUCUUGCUGCAGGCCGGUGCCAGGGAUGUGGCAGACACGGCGUUCGAGGCCGCGUCCGUUGCGGGUCAUGUCGAGAUCAUCCGUUUGCUGCUGGAGGCCAAGGCCUACAAGGGUGCAGUCACAACGACGAGUACACAACUCCGAUGA